CUGAAGGGAGACGGAGCAGGAGAGAGGGGGGGAAAGCUGAGUGGAGAGAAGACGUUCCCAGACCAGUCAGUGGCUUCAUGGAGUUCUGUACCUCUGAUCCGCCGCCAUGGAUUGCAAUCCGCGAUCACUUCUUUUCAUUUUACACCUUCUAAUCUCCUGCGUUGUCCCUGCUUUCUUCAUCAUCUACCCCCCCAAUGAAGUUAACCUGUUAGACUCUAAAGCAAGCCAAGGGGAGCUAGGAUGGAUUUCCUACCCAUCACAUGGGUGGAGGGAAAAUUGGGAGGAGAUCAGUGGUGUGGACGAGCACUACACCCCCAUUAGGACCUUCCAGGUCUGCAAUGUGAUGGAGUACAGCCAGAACAACUGGCUUCGCACCAACUGGAUCACUCGCCAGUCAGCGCAGAAGAUCUACGUGGAGCUGAAGUUCACCCUGCGGGACUGCAACUCCAUCCCACUGGUCCUUGGCACAUGUAAGGAGACCUUUAACCUCCUCUACCUGGAGACAGACGAUGACCAGGGAAGCCACUUCAGGGAGCAUCAGUUUCUGAAGAUUGACACCAUUGCUGCCGAUGAGAGCUUUACCCAAACAGACCUUGGAGAUCGUAUCCUCAAGCUUAACACUGAGGUGCGUGAGGUGGGCCCUUUGAGCAAGAAAGGUUUCUACCUGGCAUUCCAGGACGUGGGUGCCUGCGUGGCUUUAGUCUCAGUCAGAGUUUACUUUAAGAAGUGUCCACAAACUGUGAAGAAUUUGGCCUCCUUCCCUGACACUGUGCCCAUGGACUCCCAGUCCCUGGUUGAGGUCAAAGGCUUGUGUGUCAAUUACUCAAAAGAGGAGGAACCCCCACGAAUGUACUGUAGCACAGAGGGGGAGUGGCUCGUGCCUAUUGGGAAGUGUCUCUGUAACCCAGGAUACGAGGAGAGAAUCAGCACCUGCCAAAUGUGCAGGGCUGGCUUCUACAAAUCUACCCACGGCAACAUGGAGUGUUCAAAGUGUCCGCCUCAUAGCUUCUCCCACCAUGAGGGGUCAUUGCACUGUGGCUGUGAGAAAAAUUAUUUUCGGGCUGAAGGAGAUCCUGCCUCCAUGGCAUGUACUCGACCUCCUUCUGCUCCCCGGAAUGUGAUCUCCUCCAUCAACGAGACCUCAGUUAUCCUGGACUGGAGCUGGCCAGAGGACACAGGAGGACGUAGGGAUAUCACUUUUAAUGUCCUCUGCAAACGCUGCCGGGGUGCUGCUGCCAAUGGGAGCACCAGUGGGACUCUGAAUUGUGAGCCUUGUCGAAGCAAUGUUCGCUUUCUGCCAAGAGCAACUGGUCUCCACAACACCACCGUGACAGUGGGUGACCUGUUGGCUCAUACUAAUUACACCUUCGAGAUUGAAGCACAGAAUGGCGUAUCAUCACUGGCACCCAAAAUGAGACAAUAUGCUGCUGUCACCAUUACCACCAAUCAAGCAGCUCCCUCUCCAGUAACAGUGAUCCGAAAGGAGAAGACAUCUCGAAACAGCGUCUCAUUGUCCUGGCAGGAACCAGACAGACCCAACGGCAUCAUCCUGGACUAUGAGAUUAAAUACUAUGAAAAGGAAGAACAGGAGACCAGCUAUACCAUUCUUCGAGCUCGGGGUUGUAAUGUGACCCUGAAUGGUCUGAAGCCCAACACAGCCUACCUGCUCCAGAUCAGAGCUCGCACUGCCGCUGGAUAUGGAGCCAGCAGCCCCAGCUUCCAGUUUGAAACCAGCCCUGACUCAGCCUUCUCAAUCUCCAGUGAGAACAGCCAGGUUGUCUUAAUUGCCAUUUCCUGUGCGGUGGCCAUCAUACUGCUCACCGUGCUGCUCUACAUCCUGAUUGGAAGGUUUUGUUGCCGCAGCAAAUCCAAACAUCCUGAUGAGAAAAGACUUCACUUUGGCAAUGGCCACUUGCGCCUGCCAGGAAUCAGGACUUAUGUGGAUCCCCACACGUAUGAAGACCCGAGCCAGGCUGUUCAUGAAUUUGCCAAGGAACUUGACGCCUCCUGCAUUGCUAUUGAUAAAGUCGUGGGAGCAGGUGAGUUUGGAGAAGUGUGCAGUGGUCGCCUAAAACUGCCCAGCAAGAAGGAGAUCUGUGUGGCCAUCAAGACUCUUAAAGGAGGUUACACAGACAAGCAGAGGCGGGACUUCCUUGCAGAAGCAUCAAUCAUGGGACAGUUUGAUCACCCCAAUAUCAUCAGGCUGGAGGGUGUAGUGACACGCAGUAAGCCCGUUAUGAUUGUCACUGAGUACAUGGAGAACGGAUCCCUCGAUAGCUUCCUAAGAAAACAUGAUGCCCAGUUUACAGGAAUCCAGCUGGUCGGCAUGCUGCGUGGUAUCGCCUCGGGCAUGAAAUAUUUGUCAGACAUGGGCUAUGUUCACCGAGACCUGGCAGCCCGAAACAUUCUGGUCAACAGCAAUCUGGUGUGCAAAGUGUCAGACUUUGGCUUGUCCAGAGUGCUGGAGGACGACCCGGAGGCUGCGUACACCACCAGGGGAGGAAAAAUCCCCAUCCGGUGGACAGCCCCAGAGGCAAUCGCCUACAGGAAGUUUACAUCAGCCAGCGAUGCUUGGAGUUAUGGCAUCGUUCUCUGGGAGGUGAUGUCAUAUGGAGAGCGGCCAUACUGGGAGAUGUCCAAUCAGGAUGUAAUAAAAGCUGUAGACGAGGGUUACCGCUUGCCACCACCCAUGGACUGCCCUGCCACACUCUAUCAACUGAUGUUGGACUGCUGGCAGAAGGAGCGGAAUAACCGUCCGAAGUUUGACCAAAUUGUCAGCAUUCUUGACAAACUCAUUCGCAACCCCUGCAGCCUCAAAAUCACAGCCAACACUACAUCCAGACCAGCGAACCUGUUGUUGGACAGGAGCAGUGCAGAAGUUCCCUCAGUGGGGACGAUGGGUGACUGGAUGGAUGCCAUGAGGACCUUGCCUUGCAAGGAGGCCUUCUCAGGGGUCAGCUACAGCUCCUGUGACACCCUGGCCAAGACCUCUACAGAGGAUCUGAAAAAGGUUGGAGUGACUAUUGCAGGACCGCAAAAGAAGAUUGUGAGCAGCCUGAAAGCCCUAGAAUCCCAUACCAAGAAUGGUCCAGUACCUGUUUAAAAACAAUAACAAGAAAUGAAAACCACCAGAGACUUUUCUGUUGGUCUGUGUUUACACACACUAACACAGUGGCUACAUAUCUAAAUAAUAUGGAGAUGCAAAUGGAUGGAAAAGAAAAAAAAAAUGUCUCAUGUGAUGUCUUUCACGCAUUGUUGAAAGCUUUCUAACAGAGAAGUGGGAAAGGGUUCAGAACUGACCUGCUACCUUGUAAGCUGACUGGCUCACCCCUCUCCCUACAAGCCCACAUUGAGAUGCCUUACUGACUAAUAGAGGGGGGAGAGAGAAAACAAAAGGUAAGGAGGUCAGAAAGACAUUAUGAGGAACGCAAGCCUGGUCGUUAUUGGAAAACAUAGCAGGGAGAGACAAAAUGCUGGAGCUGUCCUUGGCUAACGCCGGCGUCUUCCGAAGGGAGGAGAACAGCUGAUAUGCCAUGAGUAGAAGAGCAUGGCAGACAUCCACAGCUGAUUUAUAUCAUCUGAAUUGAUGAAGUCUGAGGCUGGGAUAUGAGUUGCAGCUACCUACAUUCAGUACUCAGUCCAAGACAUGGCCAAAUUCAUGUGGACUCACCUAUUGUUUGACUCUGUAGCUCUAACAUAAAGCAUUUGCAUUCAGUAGACAUGCCACUAAAAGCAAUAAGGUUGUAAUCCAUCAAAUCCAUUCAUCGUAUGUAUUAAAUGCUGUGCUUUGAAGACGAAGUGGCAUUAACACUGCACACCCAGAAUUUUCAUUAUUGUGACAUCUUUGUUCCAUGUGCUAAUGUUACGUACUAUUACCCACCACCUUCAUGUGGAAUCUCAGGAUGAGUAUAUCCUGUUUUUUCCUACAGCAGGAAACCGGUGGAAAGCUGAGAUGGAAGGAAUUUAAUGACAUGAAGGUAAAGAGGAAAUACUUAGAGCAAAGCAAAUGCAAGGAGCCCAAAACAGAAAAAGUGAUCUGUCGGUUGCUGGUCAUUUCACCCUGUUCCAUUUCAUACCUUUGUAAUUGUGGUUGUUCAAAACCUAGCUGUUCUGGGUUCACAAUGGCAUUAUGUAUUGUUUGACUCUUUGCACCUAUCAUCCAUUAAGUAAUACUCACUUUUUUAUUUUAAAGUGAUCCCUUAUUACUUCACUUUAUAAUGGCACCCAGCAGGAGAUUAGUCAGAGCUACUGUAGUUUGAUCAGGGGUUCAUCCGUAUCAUAAAUAAAUGGGAAUAUGGUAUAGUACCAAUAUUUUUCAUAAAAUAUACAGUUAAGAUUAAUUAUUCUGGAGAUUUCUACAGUUCUUGAGAGGGAGUUCUGUUACUCAUAAAAAAUGUUACUAAAAAUACUGAUAAGCAAUAUUUUAAUUUUAUGGAUAACAAAUGGUUUGUUUACAAGUAUGAACUGGAAGUAAAAAGAACUAAGUAGCAUUGCAUAGGUAAGACAUGGGGGUACAGGAUGGCAAAGGGGUGAACAGACCCAAUUGUCUGUAUGAAAUGUUUUUGUGAUGCAGAGUUGUUUUCAAAUAUGACUUUGAGAUUAAGUUUCUUCUUUGGGAAAGACAAGUUUGCGCCAAGACUUCAAAACAGCUGAUUUUUUUUUUUUUUUUUGAAUGGGCAAGGUAA